AUGGAUGCGUCUACCCCGCACGAGGCAAAGAGGCAGUUGAUCGGAGGAGCGUCGGAAGACAAGACCAAGACCAAGACGACGUUGGCGGACACCAGCAAGGCCGGUUCGCGCAUGAUGAUGAAAGAAGUCCAGCCAGCAACGGCUUGUUAG